UGCGCAUAGAAAUACAAGAUGGCGGAGAGUGCGGAACUGAAGCAAAUGGUGAUGAGCCUGCGGGUGUCGGAGCUGCAGGUGCUGCUGGGCUACGCUGGGCGAAACAAGCACGGACGCAAACAUGAGCUGCUGACCAAGGCGCUGCAUCUGCUUAAAGCCGGCUGCAGCCCCGCUGUGCACAUGAAGAUCAAAGAGCUCUACCGACGACGCUUUCCUGCCAAAAUGGUAUCCCACUCAGAGCUUGCCCUGCCUGGACCGCACCACCCUGCCACAGCUGGAGUGGUCGGAGGAGGGGGCGCAGCACUGCCCGCUGGUCUGACACAGCUGGCGUAUGAGGGUCACGCCGGUCACGGUGGAGCCCCGUCGCCUGCUGCCUUACUGCCCCUCUCACUGCUCGGCCCUGGGAAACAUGAGCUGACCGGGCUGACGCACCACCUGCCCACCUCAGCCACGCUGCAUCCGGUCCAUCCAGAUGUCAAGCUCCAGAGGCUCCCCUUCUAUGACAUGCUGGACGAACUCAUCAAGCCCACCAGUCUAGCUUCAGACAACAGCCAGCGGUUUCAGGAGACGUGUUUUGCUUUUGCAUUAACACCACAGCAAGUCCAGCAGAUCAGCAGCUCAAUGGACAUCUCGGGGACCAAAUGUGACUUCUCUGUUCAAGUUCAGUUGCGGUUUUGCCUGUCGGAGACGAGCUGUCCUCAGGAAGACCAUUUCCCACCCAAUCUGUGUGUGAAAGUCAACGGGAAGCCAUGUAACCUGCCGGGUUAUCUUCCUCCAACCAAAAACGGUGUAGAGCCCAAGCGGCCCAGCCGGCCCAUCAACAUUACUUCACUGGUCAGAUUGUCCACCACUGUCCCCAAUACCAUUGUGGUGUCGUGGACCGCUGAGAUUGGGAGGAGUUACUCCAUGGCAGUGUACUUGGUGAAGCAGCAGUCGUCUACAGUGUUGUUACAGAGACUACGGGCAAAAGGCAUCAGGAACCCAGACCACUCCAGGGCACUCAUCAAAGAGAAGCUAACAGCAGACCCAGACAGUGAAAUAGCCACGACCAGCCUUCGAGUGUCGCUGCUCUGCCCGCUGGGGAAGAUGCGGCUGAUGAUCCCAUGCCGGGCACUGACAUGCUCACACCUGCAGUGCUUUGACGCCACACUCUACAUCCAGAUGAAUGAGAAGAAACCCACCUGGGUGUGUCCUGUCUGUGACAAGAAGGCCCCCUAUGAACACCUCAUCAUCGACGGGCUUUUUGUGGAGAUCCUCAACAGCUGCAUGGACUGUGAUGAGAUCCAGUUUAAGGAAGAUGGCACCUGGGCCCCCAUGAGGUCUAAGAAAGAAGUGCAGGAGGUGUCCUCUGCUUCUUAUAACAACGGGCUGGAUGGUUCAUGUCGAACGUCUGCAGGCUCAGACCAGCGGAGCUCGUCAUCGUCCAGCCACGGCGGCGGCGACAGCAGCAACAGCAAGAAAGUGGAGGUGAUCGACUUGACACUGGACAGCUCCUCAGACGACGAAGGGCAGGAUUCCCCGCCUCCGCAGCCAGCGCCGCUGCCUCCUCCGCCCAAAAGGGCAUGUCCAUCUAUGUCCCCGACCUCGCCGCCCAUCAUCAACAAAGGAGUGUUGAACCUGCACCACCAGGCCUCUCCUGUGAGCCGUACUCCCAGCAUGCCAGCGAUGGACACCAGCUACAUCCCUCCUGUCCCCCCCCUUAUCCAAGACUAUAGACCCUACUACCACACCCCCAACGACCUGUCAGAGUUGAACUUCUUCUCUUUUCUUCAAGGCGACAAUCAUCAGCAUUACAACAUGGUGAUGGCAGCAGCGGCCGCAGCUUCAGCCUCGGACGACCACGAGCUGCUUCUCAACCGCUUCCUGCCCUACAGCACCACCUCGUCCUCCGCCUCCCAGCUCUUCCUCGACCAGUCGGGAGCCUCGUCGGCCACUUCGCUGACUGCGCCGACCAACGGGGCAAGCAGCUCGGGCAGCAGCAGCAGCCUGGUGUCGUCAAGCAGCCUCCGUGACACUCACUCCACACACUCGUCUUCACACUCGGGCUCACACUCCUCACACACACACCCCGGAGUGGUGGCCAGCCGGAGCAGCACUGAAGCAGCAGUGGCAGCUAUUUACGGCGGGAUACCGGAUGUUAUAUCGUUGGACUGACUCAAGAAGAGUCAAGACUUCACUGUGGGUUCAGCUGUGAUCCAGUAACGAGCCCGAUUGCAAACUAUUUGACUGCAGGGUAAAUUUUUUGAUCCAGAAACUAAACUGGAGCCGAGUCAUUGAACGUUUGUGGAGUCGUAAUGACAAGACUCAAGAAGAGCACUAAUAUAAUGAGUGGGUAACAGGCCUGAGGGUUCCCUUCACUAGGCUGACCUGAGAACAGUACUAAGUCAUCACUUAAAGGGGUCAGCUGUGAGCGUUGUGCUGGUAUACUGACUUCGGAUCAGAAACCUGUCCAGCAUGUGAACCCACGUUACUGCUGUUGUGGUAGCAACCUGGCACAAACAGCAAAGACGCUACCUGAGCAAAAACACGAAGGAGGAUGGCUCUUUUUUACAAAAACAAGGAGUGGCACCGUGUACAGAGAACAAAAUAUAUUUUCCUCUUUUACUUUUGUAUGUUAAAUCGGGACAGUUUCAGUCUAGUGAGCUGCUUCUAUCGCUGUUUUAAAGUGGAGGACAGAGGUUUUUUGUUUUUUUUGUUUCUUUUUUUUUCACAAAAGCUUAUACAUAUGCUUGUUGCCACGUGGUUUUCUUUUUCCUCUCUUUUAGCUCUAUCUACUUUAAAUUUUCCAUUUGCAUUUCUCCGAUAUAAACUUCAAUUCUCUGUCCCCUUUCUCUUUCUCUUCUGCUCGAGCUCAUUUUUAAAUUCAUGGUGUAUUAUUUCUCUAUCCAAUGACA